AUGAGUAACGCGGGUGGCCAAAAAGAAGGGGAGAACAGGGAAGAGGAGGAGAAAAAGAAAGGUAGGCCGGGGGCAGUAGCAGCGUUAGGGAGGGAUAGGAGGCAUAGCCUUGGAUCGGCGACGGUACUAGACUUAUGGAAGAGAAAGCGGGAGGAGGAAGAGGAAAAAGGGGAGGAGGAGGUAGACGGGUUGCAGGAAAGAGAAAGAGUAUUUGGGAAAAGCAGGAAAGUGCACCGGUCGCCGGAGGGUAAGACAGGGGAGGAAGGGAAGGCAGAGGGAGGGGGUAUACAAGAUAUGCUACGGUUGAUUAGGGAAGAGCUAAAGAUAGGUCUAGAGGAGGUCAAAGAGCAGGGAAGGGGGAUCAGGGAAGAAAUGGAAAAGAUUAAAGGCGAAAUGACUAGAAGGGAAGAGCAGUGGGAAGUAGAGAGGGGGGAGAUGAAGGAAAUGAUAAGGGAUCUAGAGAAGAUAGGGGAAUUGAAGGAGCGGGCAGAAGAGAUCGGAGGAGGGGUAAAAGUGCUAGUGGGGGGUGAUUUUAAUGCCAGGACAGGGCAGGAGGGGGGAGGAUGCUUGGGUGAAGGAGAGGAGGAGAGUAGGAGUAGGAAAUCAAAGGACAGGAAAAUAAACUCCGAAGGUAGGCAGCUGGUGCAAUUUUUAGAGAAGACGGAAUGGGCAAUAAUGAACGGGAACAUAGAGGGGGAUGAGGAGGGGGAAUUGACGUAUGUAGGAGGGGCAGGGGUGACGGUGAUAGACUACGCUAUAGGAGACAUCGAGGUGAGGGAUAGGGUCAAAAGGAUAGAGAUUGGGGUAAGGGUUGACUCGGAUCAUCACCCGGUAAUAGUGUGGUUGAGGGGGGCAGUGGCUAGGACAAGGAAGGGAAAAAGAGUAGGGGGAACUAGUAGAGGAGACUGGACGGAGGAGGGUGGGAUGAGGUUUGGAACAGAAGUCAAAUGGGAGGGGAUAGGAGAAGUGGAUGUAGGGAAAGAGAUAGAGAAAAGAAUAAGGGAGUUUAGACGAGCCUUAGAUGUAGGAGGGAGGGGAAGGGAAGCGAAAAAGGGAUGGUGGGAUGAGGAAUGUAGGCGAAAAAAAGCGGAAGUUGGGCAGAGUCUAAGGAAAUGGAGAAAGGGGAAGGGGGAAGGGGACGCGUAUAGAAAGGGAAGAAGGGAAUAUAAUAGGCUAUGCGAGGAGAGAAAAAAGAAAGAAAAUGAGGGAUUCAUAAAAGAAGCAGCGGAAGCAAAGACAGAAAGCAAGGUAUGGGAGAUAGUUAAUAGGGAAAGAAAGAAGUGGAAGAGGGUGAAUGAAGAAAUAGGAGAUCAGGAGUGGAGGGAGUAUUUCAUGGGAUUAUUAGGCGGGGUAGAAAGCAAGGUAAGAGAAGGCGGGGAGUCGGUGAAUAGGAAGGGGGACGGGGAAGGGGAGCUGCAGAGGAAAGAGAUUAAUACGGUGAUAGGAAAGCUGAGGGAUGGAAAGGCACCAGGGGGGGAUGGAAUAGUUAGCGAGGUAUGGAGUGAACAGGAAGGUGCUGUGGGAGACUAUGGAAAGGAGAGGGGUGAGGGAAGGGCUAAGGGUAAGGAUAGAGGAAAUUUACAAGGAAACAAAGAGUCGAGUAAGGAGCGGGGGAAAGCUAGGAGCGGCGUUUUGGACAGCGAGGGGGGUAAGGCAGGGAUGUCCGCUCAGUCCGCAUGUGUUCAACCUGCUGCUGGCGGACUUAGAAGAGGAAAUGGGGAGAGGGAGAAGGGUUAA